AAGAAGAAGAAGAAGAAGAAGAACUCCUGUAGUUCUCAGAGGACCUCCUGUAGUUCUCCUCCGGACCUGCAGAGGGCGCUGCCGGCUCCCUGGUCUGUCCCUGAAACUGUCAUGGCGGCUCCCUGUUCAGGGUUUACCUUACGGUGAAAGUCUAGCUGCUGGUCCUCACAGAGUCCGGGAUGAGCUGAGAGGACGACCACGUCCCUAACAGGUAUGAGUAUGAUGUCAUCAGUGAUGCGGGGGGCGCGGCGGCUCGUCCACGCUGACCCGGCUCUGCUGAGUCACUUCCUGUCUCAGCCCCUCCUCUGCCCCGCUCGAAGCUCCGCCCCCCUGAUCACCUGUCACCAGAACAGGAAGUUCGCCUCCAAACAGGUCAAAGGUCAGAAGAGAGAGCAGAAGAACCAGCAGGUGAAGGUCAAAGUCGUCAAACAGGAAGUGGAGAUCAGACCGGGGAUGACGGCGGCGGCGUUGGCCGAGGCCAUGAACAAAGACUUUGACCACGUCCUGGAGGCUCUGCUCAACACGGCCGUGGACCUGGACUCUCUGGAGCCGGACUCGGUCCUGGAGGAGCGCUGGAUCAAAGAGGUGCUGACUCGCUCCGGGAUGAAGUUCAGGUGGGCCAAACUGAGCGAGACCCGAGAGAGACCCAACAGAGACGCACGCCCCAGACCUCCAGCUGACCCGUCAAACCUGAAGCCCCGUCCCCCUGUGGUCACAAUCAUGGGUCACGUGGAUCACGGUAAGACCACGUUGCUGGACAGUCUGAGGAAGAGCCAGAUCGUGGCGACGGAGCACGGCGGGAUCACCCAGCACAUCGGAGCGUUCCUGGUCCAGCUCCCGACAGGUGAGAAGAUCACCUUCCUGGACACUCCGGGUCACGCCGCCUUCUCCUCCAUGAGAGCCCGGGGAGCCAACGCCACCGACAUCGUGAUCCUGGUGGUGGCGGCGGACGACGGCGUCAUGAACCAGACGGUCGAGUCCAUCCAGCACGCCAGGAGAGCCAAAGUGCCGGUGAUCGUGGCGGUGAAUAAGUGUGACAGACCUCAGGCCGACCCUCAGAGAGUGAAGAAGGAGUUGCUCGCUCACGACGUGGUCUGCGAGGAGUUCGGAGGAGACGUUCAGGCGAUCCACGUCUCCGCCCUCAAGGGAGACAACCUGAUGGCGCUGGCCGAGGCCACGGUGGCGUUGGCAGAAGUGAUGGAGUUGAAGGCGGAGCCGAGCGGUCCUGUGGAGGGACUCAUCAUCGAGAGCCGCACAGACAAAGGCAAAGGUCCGGUGACGACCGUCAUCGUCCAGCGGGGGACGUUAAAGCGAGGCUGCGUUCUGGUGGCGGGGAAGAGUUGGGCUAAAGUCCGCUUCCUGUUUGAUGAGAACGGGCAGACGCUAACGGGGGCGGGGCCUAGCGUGGCGGUGGAGGUGGUUGGUUGGAAGGACCUGCCGUCUGCAGGAGAGACGCUGCUGGAGGUGGAGUCAGAGCAGCGUGCGAGGGAGGUGGUGGAGUGGCGUGCUCACGAGGAGGAGCAGCAGAAGCUGCAGGAGGAUCAGAGCGUGAUUGAGCAGAAGCAGCAGCUCCACCUGGAGGAGUACAGGAAGGAGAGGGCGGAGUUUAUGCACCUGAGCUGGAGGCAGAGGAAGGCCGCCAUGUACCGCGCCAACAAGAGCCGCUACGCCAUCAGAGAGAGCGAGAGGACGCAGAGCGACGAGGCCCGCCUGCCGCUCAUCAUCAAAGGGGACGUGGACGGCUCAGUGGAGGCCAUCUUGAACAUCCUGGACAGUUAUGACGCUGAGGAGCAGUGUCAGCUCGACCUGCUGCACUUUGGCAUCGGAGACGUUUCAGAGAACGACAUCAACAUGGCCCACACCUUCACAGGUUCUAUCUACGGGUUCAACGUGGCGGCGAGCCGGGCGAUGGAGCAGCUGGCGGCGCAGCGCGGCGUCCCGCUGAGACUUCACAACAUCAUCUACAAACUGAUCGACGCGCUGAAGGAGGAGCUGAGCAGCAAACUGCCUCCUCUGGUCUCUGAGAGCGUCGUAGGUGAGGCGACCGUGCUCGCCAUGUUCGACGUCUCUGUGGGGAAGAAGAAAGUUCCGGUGGCGGGCUGCCGGGUACAGAAGGGUCUGCUGGACCAGAGACUGAAGUUCAGACUGAUCCGAGGACGGGACACCGUGUGGGAGGGGUCUCUGGCGGCGUUGAAGCACCACAAAGACGACGUGCAGACGGUGAAGACGGGGAUGGAGUGCGGCCUGUCGGCGCUCGGGCACGCAGACUUCAGAGCGGGCGACGUGGUCGUCUGCUUCGAGGAGGUGAACGCGCCGCAGGUCACCUCGUGGGACCCCGGCUUCUGAAGCCUGCAGCAGAGCAUCAUGGGACAUGAAGUCCUUUAAUGGAGGCGGACGCUCUGCUGAGUCCCACUUCCUGUUCAGGACGCUUGAAUGUGGACCGGAUCUUUAAAAAAAAACAGACUUCGUAUUUAAAGGGACAGAGACGCUCAGAGGGACACCUGACAGGUGACCCCCAACAUUAAUGCAUAUCACUGCUUUUUCCCACGCUCCCUGAACGCCCCCUGAAGUGUAAACAGACUCGGACACACACGGAGACGUUUCACAUGUUUUAAUAAAAACUUCAAAAUAAAAGUC